UUCUUUGUUUAGCUUACAUCAAUUUCUAAAUUGAAUAAUUUUGAUUAAAGAUUUUAAUUUUAUAAUCAAAAAUGGAAGCAGAAUAUAAUAUUUCUGGAAAUGAUAAACAAAAUAAAUCUGAAGCCGGAUCGAAUGUACAUCUUCGUAAAUAUGUGACACUUGCUGAAAUGGCCACCGAACCGCAAAAUUUGAUCGACAUUAUUAGACAGGCUCUCGAAUCACCUUCGAUUCAUGUUUUUGGUGAAUUACUUGAUGUUGCCAAUAUUAAAGCACUUGUAGGCAGUGAAUAUGAACCAUAUGUAAAUCUAUUGAAUAUUUUUGCCUUUGGAACAUAUCAAGAUUAUAGAAAACAAAAAAAUGAUAAUCCAAAUAAAUUGCCCGAUCUAAGUGAACAGAUGAUCAUUAAAUUACGUCAUUUGUCUAUUGUAUCGUUGGCUCGUUGUCGUCGACAUAUUCCAUAUCAGAUUCUUAUGCAAGAACUUGAAUUGGAUAAUAUUCGCCAACUUGAAGAUAUGAUAAUCGAAGUUAUCUAUGCUAAUGUUAUCAAAGGAACAAUGGAUCAACGUAAUAAUCGUUUGGAGAUUGAUCAAACCAUUGCAAGAGAUGUACGUGAAGAAGAUUUUCAAACAAUAACCAAUGUUCUUAAUGAAUGGUGUCGAACAUGUGAAAAUAUUUUAUCAAAUAUUGAACAUCAAAUUCAAACGGCCAAUAAUUUCAAAGAAGAAAGUAUACGUUCAAAACAGGCAUUGGAAACAAAAAUACAAUCGGUUCGAAAAAAUAUCAAACAAUCAAACAAUGAUACUGACGAUGCAAUGAUGACCGAUGUGAAUACUGUUUAUAUACAGGAUGUUGGUGGACAAAAAACUAAACCAUGUAUUCAAUCAUGUCGAUCGAUCAAAAGUUCGUAUAAAGGUUCUACGAAUAAAUCAUGGCGAAGAAAAAACUAAAUAAAAACAUCAUCUAAUGGAAAAAUGGAAAUCAUACAAUGAUGACCAA